AUGGCGCCCUCGCUGGCUAUUCAAAUAUCCGGUCACCUCGUCUCCACCAAAUCCAUUCUUCCUUCCCAAACCUGGCUGGCUUCUUUCCUAUCCACCCAGAAGUCCAAUCUCCCCUUCCAAUCCCUUACCCAAACAGCCUUAUUCCGUCUCCUAGCCUCCGAAAUAACCAUCUCAGUCCAACCAACUCCUGAAAACAUCUUUCCUGCUACAAUUCACGAUUUAGAAAACCGUUCGUCUCGUCUUAAAGGCCCCGUUGUUGCACAAAUCGUCGAUAUAGAAGAUAUUGGACACAGCAAACUUUUUCAACUCGACGCGUUGGAAUCUGCAGAGCGUGGUGAGAAAACGAAGGGAAAGGAGGUUAUCAGGGUUAUUCCUGGAGAACAAGAUGAUAAUGAUCCCGAUAACCUUGGUUUGACGGGUGCCAGUGGACCCCAUAAGCUGCUGCUGGAGGAUGCGAAUGGGACAAGGGUUUAUGCUUUUGAGUUUAAGCCGAUUACCGGAGUGGGUAUUGGGAUGAAUAUUGGGACUAAAGUGGUAAUAAGAGACGUGAAGGUUGUCAGAGGAGUAUUGAUGCUACAACCCGGAAACACGACAAUGGUUGGUGGGAAGGUCGAAGAGCUACAUAAAAACUGGAGGGAAGAACGAAAGGGACGGCUAAAGGCUGAGAUUGAAGCUAUGAAGGAGGAUGGAUGA